AUGAUCUGCCUCACCCAGAUAAGAUUAACCCUCCCCUGGAGCUUGCUGAUCCGCCACCACCUGACCAGCCUUGUCCCCCUAUCGUCCAUCCGCGAAACUCCCAAAAAGAUGAAGCACUUCCUCACCUGGGGUCUCCUGGCCCUCAGACCCCUAGUCACCGCCGCCCCCACACCAGACCAGGAAGAGGACGACACCCCGCUCCCCCUCGUCAUCUGGCACGGCCUCGGCGACACCUACAACAGCGAAGGGAUGCAAUACGUCGCCUCCCUCGCCGAAGCCCAGCACCCAGGCAUCUUCGUGCACACGAUCCAGCUAGGCGACGACGCCAACGCAGACCGCUCGGCCACCUUCAUCGGGAACGUAACCACCCAGCUCGAGACCGUCUGCGCCGAACUCGCCGCGCACCCGAUCCUCUCCACGGCACCCGCCAUCGACGCCAUCGGCUUCUCGCAAGGCGGGCAAUUCCUCCGCGGCUACAUCGAGCGGUGCAACCGCCCCCCCGUGCGGUCCCUCAUGACCUUCGGCUCGCAGCACAACGGCAUCGUGCGCUUCCGCGCCUGCGCCGACCGCGACUUCCUCUGCCACGGCGCCAUGGCGCUCCUGCGCUUCAACACCUGGUCUUCUUUCGUCCAGGCCCGUCUCGUGCCCGCCCAGUACUUCCGCGACCCGUCCCCGGACCAGUUCCCGCGCUACCUCGAGAACUCCAACUUCCUGGCCGACAUCAACAACGAGCGGGAGGAGAAGAACGCCACGUACGCGGCGAACAUGGCUCGUCUGGAGAACUUCGUCAUGUACAUGUUUGAGGACGACACGACCGUGAUUCCCAAGGAGACCGCCUGGUUCGAGGAGGUCAAUGGGACGGAGGUCGUGCCGCUCCGCGCCAGGCAGUUGUAUCGCGAGGAUUGGCUCGGCCUGCGGGCCCUGGACCGCAAGGGCGGCUUGAGGUUUAGGCAGAUCCCCGGAGAUCACAUGCAGAUUGGCGAGGAGGUCCUGAACAGCACUUUUGCGGAAUUUCUUGGCCCUGCCGGCAAGAAGUUCGCCGUCGAGAAGGAGGGGGCGGCGGAUGGGUUGGUAUUUGAGGAGCUGCAGAUUGUGAUUUUCUGACACUUUUCUUUCUUUCUCUUCAUCCCUUCAUCCCUUCAUCUCUUCAUCCUAGCUUAGCCGACAUCAGUAGAGCCGGUAGCGCCACGGAAAAAUCCAUAGCGAGUAGUCACCGCGACGAUUGAAACUGGGAAUUCUUGUUGUCUACGCCCCGGCAUCCCUACGGGUGGAGGCUGGUCUAAGUGUUCAAAGUUCCUGUCGACUAAAAAUAGACAAUGAACGCCGUACGCCGCCC